AUGCUCACCUGUCCCCCCACCUUGCAUAUCCGCCGCCCCUCCCCAACAACCAUCGAAUACACCGUCAGCACCCACCCACCCCUGACCCUGCACCUCCGCAUCCUCCUAACCCUAACACACAUCCUCCGCAUAACCCUCGCAUUAGCCAUCCUCCUCCUCCUCUACACCUACUACCUCAGCAUACUCCCCGCCCCGGCCAUACUCUCCUCCCUCACCAUCCCCUCCUCAAUCCAGCACCCUCUCCAAACCCUCACCCAAAACAUUCCCCCCCUCCUCCUCCUCCCCCUCACCCUCCUAACCCUCACCCUCCUAACCCUCCGCACCCACACCACCGAAUCCCUCCUCAUUCUCCGCCACCUCGGACUCCAAAUCUCCUCAUCCCCAAAGUCCUACCUCUCCACCACCAAAACACGAUUUAUCCCGAGUCAAAAAAUCCAGGAUAUAUAUAUUAAUGAGGUAUUUCGCAAUUUCGAAGUGCGCUAUGUGUUAGUGGUUGUUGUGGAGGGGGAAGCAGAGUUGGUGGUUGUGUUUGAGAGGUUGUUGCCUGGGAGGGAUGUGUUGGAGAGGGUUUGGAGGGGCGGGAGGAGGGGUUUGUUUGGGAGGGAUGAGAGGGGUGGAGGGGGGAGUGGGGGGAAUAGUGGGGGUGGAGGGAGGGAGAGGGAGAAGGAGAAGGAGGGAGAGGAGGGGAGGAUGUAA